AUGCACUUGACGCUCAGCCCUGCGAGGACGACGACGAGGAAGGCGGCCGCGGCGGUGCACGCGCGGUCCGCGAGCGAGCCGUGCCACCCCGCGCUCGCGCGCCUCCACGGCACCGUCCGCGCGCUCAGGGCGUGGUCCAGGUCCAGCUGCGGCGCCGGCGGAGCCUCCUCCUCCUCCGGGUCCGGGCACGGCCUCGCGCUCCUGGAGACAGUCCUGGCCGCGCUCGGCGACCUGCUCGCCACGCCGCCGGCCGCGGCGGCGCUCCACGACCCCGCCGACGACGACGACAAGGUCCUCGACGGCCUCCUCGUGCUCGCGGACGCGUACGGCACGUUCGAGUCGACGCUGCUCGCGGCGAAGCAGACCCUGGCGGACGCGCAGGCCGGCGCCCGCCGCGGGGACGGCGCGGUGGUCACCGCGUCGGUGCGCGCGCACAAGUGGACCGAGAAGGAGCUGCACCACCUCGCCGCCGCGAUGCGGCACGCCUCGAGGCGCGCGGCGCCGGUGCCCAGCUCGGCGGACGCCACGGACACUGAUGUGGUCGGCGCGGUGGCGGAGGCGGCCGUGGCCGCGGCGGAGGCCUCGGCAGUCGUCUUCUCCGGGUGCGCGGCCAUGUCGCCGGACGUGUCGGCCAUGGUACGAACGGUGCCUUCGCACAGGUGGCUGCCGAGGCUGGGCGUCGCGCCAGGGGCCAGGAAAGUAGCGCCGGAGAUGGCGCCAGCGGCAUUGCAAAGGCUGGAGGAGCUAGAGGACCGCAUUGCCGGGCUGGAGAGCGAGAGCGAGAAGGUGUUCAGGAGGCUGCUGCAGGCUAGAGUUCUGCUCCUCAACAUCCAUGACCCCUUGUAA